CAGAGUCAUGUAGACGAACAAGUGCAAGUUCUGAACGAGACAGAGGGGAGAGCAACACACACACACACACCAGCAUGAGCCAGUGGAACCAAAUUCAGCAGCUCGAGUUCAGACUCCUGGAACACGUGGACUAUCUUUAUGAUGAUAACUUUCCGAUGGACAUCCGACAGGGUCUCGCCAGCUGGAUUGAGUCUCAGAACUGGGACACGGCGGCCAAUGAUGAGUCCAUGGCGGCCGUGUUGUUCACCGACAUGAUUGCUCAGGUGGAGCGGCUGCGUUCCCAAGAGCAGAACUUCCUGCAGAGACACAACUUGAAAAUCAUACAACAACAUUUGCAGGUGAAAUACUCCAGUAGCCCUGCAGCCAUGGCUGGUGUCAUCUCCAACUGCCUGAGGGAGGAGCAACGGAUCCUCUCCAGCGCUUGCAUGCAGGAGCAGGGUCCACUGGAGAAAUCCCUGCAGAACUCAGUGGGGUUUGAGAGGCAGAAGAACAUGGACAACAGUAUUGGGAUGAUCAGAGCCAGGGUGCAGAUACUUGACCAGUCUGUCAAAUACCUUGAGGACAUGCAGGACGACUUUGACUACCGCUACAAGAUCUUACAAUCAGGAGAUCAAGGAGAGAGGAACAACGAACGCAUGAAGCAGAUUAAGUUAAAACUACAGGAAACGCUCAACCGACUGGAUUUUAAAAGAAAGGACAUUCUGACAAAGAUGGACAUAGUGAUCAAAGAGGUUGAUGACCUGAUGACAUCACAUCUCGGCCCUGUGCUCCGAGACUGGAAACGCCGGCAACAGAUCGCAGCUAUCGGUGGUCCAGUCCUCACUGGCCUGGACCAGCUGCAGAAUUGGUUCACUCUGACAGCUCAGAGUCUCUUCCAGAUAAAACGUCAGCUGGACAAACUCGGAGAGCUGGUGUUAAAGGUCACCUAUGACAGUGACCCAAUCCCCCUGCAGAAACCUCAGAUGGACGAACGUGUGAAAUACCUUAUCUAUCACCUCAUCAAGAGCUCAUUUGUGGUGGAAAAGCAGCCCUGCAUGCCCAUGCAUGCCCAGAGACCUCUCAUCAUCAAAACUGGGGUCCAGUUCACCACCAAAGUCAGGCUGCUGGUGAAGCUUCCAGAAGUGGAUUAUCAACUCAAAGUGAAAACAACAUUUGACAAGGACCUUCCUCCGGGCAGAGUAAGUCGCCAGUUCUUCAUUCUGACCAACAACACUAAAGUCAUGGAUGUGGAGGACUAUUCCAACGGCUGCCUCUCAGUGGAGUUCAGACACUUGCAGCUGAAGGAGAAGAAAUAUAUCAACGGCACCAAAGGCAAUGAGGGCCUGCUCUCUGUGACAGAGGAGCUCCACUCUCUGAGUUUCGAAGCAUGUUUCACAGUGCUGGGCCUCACCAUCGACCUGGAGACGUGUUCUCUGCCCCUGGUGGUCAUCUCCAACGUCUGUCAGCUGACUGGCAGCUGGGCGUCUGUCAUUUGGUACAAUCUCCUCACAGAUGAGCCCAGAAACCUGGCGUUUUUCAACAACCCACCUCGGGCGACUUGGAGCCAGCUCUCCGAGGUUCUCAGCUGGCAGUUCUCAACUUUCGCUGGCCGAGGUCUUAACAAGGAGCAGCUGAGCAUGUUGGGAGAUAAACUUGGUACGCAAAAGCCACUCUCUGAUGUGGGUGAGAAACGAGGGAGUUCGAGGCAGCAAUUCCCCUGCGCUGACUUCCAGGUGUCCUGGUCCAAGUUUUUAAAGGAAAACAUUGCAGGCAAGACAUUCAGUUUCUGGGUUUGGCUGGAAUCCAUCCUGGAGCUAAUCAAGAAACAUCUGCUGCCGGUCUGGAAUGAGAACUACAUCAUGGGUUUCGUGAGCAAAGAGAUGGAGCGGAGUCUGCUGAAUGACAAAGAGCCCGGAACGUUUCUCUUACGCUUCAGCGAGAGUCACCUCGGAGGAAUCACGUUCACCUGGGUGGAGCAUGACAACGGGGAGGUGAAGCUUAACUCUGUGGCGCCAUACACGAAAAGCGGCCUGAACGCCGUGUCACUUCCACACAUUAUCCGGGACUACAAAGUGUACUCAGAUGGUUUUGCCCCAGAAAACCCGCUCAAGUUCCUUUAUCCAGACAUUCCAAAAGACGUGGCCUUCGGGCGCCUGUACAACUGUCAACCCAGCAAAGUGGAUCCAUACAUACCGUCCAUCCUGAUUCCAAUAUCUGAAAUGCGCAGUUCCAGUUCGAGCGUCACGUCACCAGCCUGCUUGUCCCCGCAGCCUCCCAUGACCCCGGGAGAGUUUGAAAUGCUCAGUGAUCAAAUAUGCUUCAACAUGAACACGAUGACUCCUCCAUAUCCUGAGUGAAGAAGAAUGAAUAACAGCCCGCCAACUGCUGCCAGAACCAACCACUAAAGCAACUGCUCUCACUCUCCUAUUCCUUUUUUGUCAUUAUAUUUUUCUAGCAAAUGUAAUGGGUUAUAUUCAGGAAGUUGUGUUUUUUUUUAUUUUUAUCUUAUUAGCUACUUUUGGAGCAGUAAAUAAGAAAAAAAAUGUCUGUAUAAAGAUCAGAUCAGACGAUUGAAUUUUUUUUUCUCACCAUCUUAUUUAAAAUCCUUAAAUCUUUUGUUCGAUCUUACCCUACAUUUCUUUAUUUCUCUGUACAAUAAAGGAAUUUGAUUGUAUUACU